CACAGUUAAGGAUUAUCUUAUAUCAAGACAGGACUGGAACGGACUAUGGCUCCCCUGCCCAAAAUCGACAACAGGCCGUCAGCAAUGGAGCUCGGCGAGACCAAGAAUGGAGUGAUACUACCUGCUUACUCCACCACGGACUUGGAGGACAAUCAGUCGGAACCUUUUGAUCCUUGGGAUCUACCAGAGCUUCGGGAUACUGGACUGAAAUGGUCGGAAUUGGACACCAAAGGGAAAGUUCUACGAGUUGUAACCUCCAUUGGGAAGAUAAUUCUCUUACUUGGAUUUCUCUACAUGUUCGUCUGUUCCCUGGAUAUUCUGAGCUCAGCUUUUCAACUUGUUGGAGGAAAAGCCGCUGGAGAUAUCUUCCAGGACAAUGUGGUGCUGUCAAACCCUGUUGCUGGAGUAGUAAUUGGAGUGCUGGUGACUGUUCUCGUACAGAGCUCCAGCACGUCUUCAUCUAUUGUGGUCAGCAUGGUGUCUUCUGGAUUGCUAAGUGUGGAGUCUGCUGUCCCAGUCAUUAUGGGUGCAAACAUUGGGACAUCUGUAACAAACACCAUUGUAGCAAUGAUGCAAGCAGGGGAUCGCAAUGAAUUCCGCAGGGCAUUUGGUGGUGCCACUGUCCAUGACUUCUUCAACUGGCUAUCUGUCCUGGUGCUGCUACCCCUGGAGGUGGCUACUGGUGUCCUAUAUAAACUAACAAAGCUCCUAAUUGACUCCUUCAACAUCCAAACAGGCCAGGAUGCACCUGACAUCCUCAAAGUUAUCACUGAGCCCCUCACCAAAAACAUCAUCCAGCUGGAUAAAUCCGUUAUCAGUGACAUAGCCACUGGUGACGCUGCGGCCAGGAACAAGAGUUUAAUCAAGAGAUGGUGCAAAACUGAAAAAGAGUUGAUCCUAGUGAACAUCACAGUACCAGGGCCAGAAAACUGCACUACUCAAGACUUGUGUUGGAUAGAUGGAAAUUUGACAUGGACCCAAAUAAACAAAACAAACAUCAUUGGCAUAGAAAGAUGUAAACAUAUUUUUGCUAACGUUGACCUGCCUGACUUCGCCGUGGGUUUGAUCCUCCUGGCAUUGUCUCUUCUUGUCUUGUGCACCUGCCUCAUUCUCAUCGUCAAACUACUCAACUCUAUGCUCAAAGGUCAAGUGGCUGUGGUCAUUAAGAAGGUUCUCAACACAGACUUUCCCUUUCCCUUCGCAUGGCUAACUGGUUACAUUGCCAUCGUGGUUGGAGCAGGAAUGACCUUUAUCGUUCAGAGCAGCUCCGUCUUCACGUCAGCCAUCACUCCACUUGUGGGCAUUGGUGUCAUAAGCAUUGAAAGAGCCUAUCCGCUGACUUUGGGCUCAAAUAUAGGCACUACAACUACAGCCAUUCUUGCUGCUUUGGCUAGCCCCGGUGACACACUUGCAAACUCACUGCAGAUAUCACUGUGCCAUUUCUUCUUUAACAUCUUUGGAAUCAUUUUAUGGUACCCUGUACCAUUUACCCGAGUUCCUAUCCACUUAGCCAAAGCUCUGGGAAACCGUACAGCAGAGUACCGUUGGUUUGCUGUGGUCUACCUCAUUUUGUGCUUCUUCCUCAUCCCUCUCACUAUCUUGGGCCUCUCUAUCGCCGGUUGGAAGGUGCUUGUUGGUGUGGGAGUGCCCAUCCUUGUCUUUCUGAUCUCUGUCAUUGUGGUCAACGUAAUGCAGUCCCGCUGUCCACGCUUCCUGCCGUCUAUUUUACGUAGCUGGGACUUCCUGCCCCGCCCUCUGCACUCCCUCAAGCCCUGGGACAGAGUUAUUACAAAGGGGUUGGGCUUCUGCCGCACACGUUGCUGCUGUUGCUGCAAGUGCUGCCAAAAGAACAAGGGGGAUGACAAAGACAAUGAACAGAGCAGAAAGAGGCCACAAAGGAAAAACUUGAAGAUGUAUGAUAACCCAGGAUUCUCGAGUUAUGAAAUGUCUAGUCAUCAUGAUACAAGUGGUGACACCUCUGGCUGUGAUUUUUCAAGCGGUGGUUGUGAUGGUGGUGGCUGUGAUGGUGGUGGCUGUGAUUAACAUGUUUUUGCUGACACAUAGUCAAUCCUCAGGUGUGAAAAGAAUGAUUUUGGAAGGGACGUGAAGACACUGAGAAAACUGCACCAAAGGAGUGUUCAGUUUCUUGUAUGUUUAUUGUAGUAUAUGCUCAGC